AUGGGCUGCAAGAUGCUGGAGAAAACCAUGACGAGCUUCGGCAAGAAGUUGAUCCGGCGGCGUGUGGUAGACUUUAGCUCAGAAGAGACUCGUUUUGCCCGCUGCCUCUCCACCCUGGACCUUAUAGCGCUUGGCGUGGGUAGCACUCUUGGGGCUGGUGUCUAUGUCUUGGCUGGGGAAGUGGCCAGGGAGGAAGCUGGCCCAUCCAUUGUGAUCUGCUUCUUCAUUGCGGCUGUCUCGUCAGUUCUGGCUGGGCUGUGCUAUGCAGAGUUUGGAGCCAGGGUUCCAAAGGCCGGUUCUGCCUAUCUCUACAGUUUUGUGACAGUCGGGGAGAUCUGGGCCUUCACUACAGGAUGGAACCUUAUCCUCUCAUAUGUGAUAGGUACAGCAAGUGUUGCUCGUGCCUGGAGCUCGGCCUUUGACAACAUCUUUGGCAAUCACAUGUCCACUUUCUUCCGGAACCACACCGCCCUGCACUUGGAGAACGUGCUGGCUGAAUACCCCGACUUCUUUGCCCUCUUCCUGGUGUUGCUGCUGACAGGCUUACUUGCAUUUGGUGUGAGUGAAUCUGCACUAGUGAACAAAAUCUUCACUGCAGUCAACCUGCUGGUCCUCAGCUUUGUCAUCAUCUCUGGCUUUGUGAAGGGAGAUGUCAAGAACUGGAGCGUGACUGAGGAGUAUUAUCAGAACCGGUCGCAAGAAGCUCUGAAGUCUGGAGUCAAGGCUGGCGACUUUGGGACAGGUGGCUUUUCCCCCUUUGGUUUCAAGGGGGUCCUCUCUGGCGCUGCAACUUGUUUCUACGCCUUUGUUGGAUUUGAUUGCAUUGCAACAACAGGUGAGGAGGCUCGUAACCCCCAGCGCUCCAUCCCCAUUGGCAUCAUCGUCUCCCUUCUCAUCUGCUUUGUGGCCUACUUUGGGGUUUCUGCUGCCUUGACCCUGAUGGUGCCCUACUUUCUGGUGAACAAGGAGAGCCCCCUGCCUGAGGCCUUCAAGGACGUGGGGUGGGAGCCCGCCCGCUACGUCGUGGCCGUUGGCUCGCUCUGUGCCCUCAGUGCAAGUUUGCUUGGCUCCAUGUUCCCAAUGCCACGAGUGAUCUAUGCCAUGGCCGAAGAUGGGCUCCUUUUUAAGUACCUGUCCCAGGUGCACAGUCGCACCAAGACUCCCUUGGUGGCCACAGUUGUGUCUGGCAUCAUAUCUGCCCUGAUGGCAUUCCUCUUUGAGCUGAAGGACUUGGUGAACCUUAUGUCAAUCGGCACACUGUUGGCAUACUCAUUGGUAGCUGUUUGUGUACUCAUACUCAGAUACCAGCCUGAGAUGGGCAGCUCUUCUAAGGAUGUGGAGAUGUUGGAGGUGAAUGGAAGUGAAGAAGAGAAGGUGAUAAUGAAUUUGUCAGUCAGCAGUAAUCAGACUACGCUCAAAGAGAAGUUCACCUGGGGGAGCCUUUUCUGCCCUUCUGGGGAGAUCCCGACUUGCAUUUCGGGACGCAUUGUCUACAUCAGCACCACAGUUGUCUCUGUUGUGAUCACUGUCCUUUGUGGGAUCCUGGCGCAGGAGCAGCAAGCACUCAUGAACGGCAGCAUUGGUUGGGCUGUGGCAUGCACGCUUCUCCUAGGAGUUUGGCUGGUUAUCACAAUUAUCAUCUGGAGGCAGCCAGAAAGCAAGAAGCGCCUAACUUUCAAGGUGCCUGCCCUGCCGCUGCUCCCUCUUUUCAGUGUCUUUGUGAACGUCUAUCUCAUGAUGCAACUGGAUGCAGGCACCUGGGCCCGCUUUGGUGUCUGGAUGGCCAUAGGCUUCGCCAUCUACUUUGGUUAUGGGAUCCGGCACAGCGUAGAAGCACAGACCACUCGGCAGUCACAGUUAACAACAAACAAGCCUCUGAAUUCUGCCAGCUCUGACCCGAGUCCAGAUAUAGCUAUUUGAGAGAAGGAGGUGAAGAUUCUCCACCUGCCCCGCCCUCCACACAUCAGAGUUGCCCUUGAGCUCUUGCCUGUCUCCUGCCCUUCCACAUAACAAGCAGGAGAGGGAAAGAUCCUGGGCAGCUUGCUUCCCCUUGUACACUGCAGUAAACCCAAACAAGGUUAAUCCUGCAGGGGAGACAAGGCAAGCACCAACCUGGAGGGUGGGGGGGGAGCAGAUGCAAAGCACUGCAUCCCUCUUGCCCUUGGAAAAAGCUGACAGGCAGGGAAACUGCCACAUACCUGAUGUCUGUAUUUAUUGUCUGGCCUUGCUGGCUAGAAG